AUGUCUCUUCGGAGAGGAUCGGUGUCCCUUAAUCGCACCCUUGUCACGACCGUCCUGCUGUUGACACUUCCACUACUCUUGGACCUGACGCGGUUGCCGGACAGCUCAGCAGCUCAGGAGUAUGUCUUCUCUCUUCUGACCCCAUGCGAUGGGGUUGGACUCUGCAACCUCUGUGGGGAGGUGCUGGAGAUGGUAGACCUCGUGCAGCGUGCCCUCACGAACCCAUUUCAAGAUAGGUUGACGCUCUCGCCGGAAGACUGGGAUGCGCAUGGACUUCAGUCAUAUCAACGAUGUCUGCGAGAGCCGUUCCUGCGCGGCUGCGAUACGCUUGUUCACAAAAUCAGGAUGCAGCGAAUCGAUUUUGCGAAGGUAAUACUGGAGCAGGUUGUUGAGGAUGUGCAGUUUCGGCAGAAGUGGGGUUCUUUAGGCGAGGACUACGUCGUUGACAACGCCGUGCAGCUAACCACGUACAUCUUCGACUCACAGGAGCGGUCGCUCGGCGGGAGGCGCGAUUCGCGAAAGGAGGACGGCGCCGCGCGGAAUAUCGUUUACCAGCCAUCCACGUUUAGCCUCGGCGGUGACCCCGAGGUCGAAAGCCUGGUUACGCGUGUGUGGUUUCUGCGGCGCGAUGUUCUGCUUCUCCAUCAGGACUUCUGCUACCCCGUCUGUGAGGGUAGACUGACAGUCUUUAGGCGGGUGCAAGUGGUGAUUCUGCGCUUCUACGUGCGGCAUGCCAUUAAGCCUCGUCUUCUUCUUCUUCGACAGCGGCAUCGCGGUACACUCGUGGUGGCGGAGCUGAUGAUGAUCGGCUUUGCCUUCUGCGUGGAGAGAGUGAUGCGUCCUGGACUGACUUGGAACGGCACCGUAGCGCGCCGUAUUAGGCGCCUGCAGGGAGGUACAGCAUCCUCGACGCCAACUAGCAGCGGGUUGGUGAGUGGGGCCCGUGGCGAAGACAGCGCGGCGGCAGCGAACAGUGGCGGUGGUAGCGGCGGCUGUGUUGGUGGUGGUAAAACUCACUGCCGACCAGGUCGACGACGGCGCUGGGUUGUGGUGGUGUAA